AUGCGUCAUUUGACUGUCGGUCAAGCAUCGACAUGCGUCUUGCUGACGUUGUCUUCACUGCUACAUGUCACUUCGGCAUGGCCCUCAUUCGAUUUACACAACUCGCAGUUUGCAAAGCGAGCAGACGCUGAAACUCCACGCGGAAGUGCUCCGGACGAAGAUGCAUCAUACAAUGAAGUGUACGACUUCGUCAUUGCCGGAGGAGGGACAGCUGGUUUGGUACUGGCAAAUCGCCUCUCCGAAUCCGGCCGCUUUUCUGUGCUUGUGCUUGAAGCUGGGCCAAGUCCAGAGCAAGUAUUAGCCUACGAGUCUCCGGGAGGCAAUCAGUUCAUCAAGGGUAGCUUGCUCGACUGGGGAUUCAUAACUCAGCCACAGGUGCACUUGAACAACCGUACCAUCCAGUACCUUCGCGGAAGGGGUCUUGGAGGUUCCAGCACAACCAAUGGUCUUUUCUACGGCCGUGGUUCAGCUAGUGUCUACGAUCAUUGGAAGGAACUUGGAAAUGACGGAUGGGGCUGGAGCGACGUGUGGCCUCUUUUCGUGAAGAGUACCAAAAUCGUCUCGCCGACUUCAUCGGAUGCGUUGGCAGCAUUCAAUCAAGACUACAAGACUUACGAGGCUAGCGCUUAUGGGAACGGUCCGCUUGAACUCGGGUUCCAAGGAUAUGUUCCCCCUGCUACUGAUGGCUUCAUUGUAGCUUGUAGCGAGGCGCUUAAUAUUCCCAUUGUCAAGGACCAGAACCUGGGAGAUAGUGUCGGUGUCAAGCACGGAACUACAACACUCAACGGCCAUCUUCGAAGGACGUCAAGCUACACUACAUUCUAUCAACAGGCUCGUCAGCGUCCCAACCUUAAGGUCCUACAUGAUUCCCCUGUUACCGGACUCAAGUUUGACACAUCCGGCGCCCGACCUCGUGCUAUCGGUCUUAGCUAUGUCCACCACGCCACCGGCUUCGUCAAUACUGUCAAAGCCCGCAACGAAGUUAUCCUGAGCCUGGGUGCCUUCCACUCGCCCCAACUCCUCAUGGUCUCAGGUAUCGGACCCAAGGCUGAGCUCGAGAAAGUCGGCAUCACACCCCUCGUUGUCAACGAGAACGUGGGCCAGCACCUCAACGACCACUCCGUCUUCUCCAUCAUGGCCCGCGCCCAAGACAGCGCCUCAACCACAGACAUGUCACGCACUCCCGAGAACCUCCGCGCUGCCCAAACAAAGUUCUAUCAGAACCUCACCGGCCCAUACACCGCUCCCUCGGGCGUCACAAACGGGUUCCAGAAGCUCAGCGAGGACGAACUCCGCAGCAUCGGUGCCGAAGCCGUCAUCCAAGCCGGUCUCGCAAACCAAUCCCACAUUGAGUACCUCUUCGAAAGCGUCUGGUACCCCUGGAUCCCCACUCCCUACUGGUCGCCCCGCUCCAACGACUCCUACAUCUCCGUCACCGCAUCCAGCCUCGUCCAGCUGUCCCGUGGCACCGUGACACUGCGCACGGGAUCCAUGUCGGAUGCACCCCUCAUCGACAGCAACUACUACGCCGACCCUACCGAUGCUGCCGUCGGUAUCGCGUCGUUCAAGUACCUGCGCAAGAUCCUACGACACCCUGCUCUCUCGCAGUUCACCAUCGGCCCCAACUCUGGUGAGGUGAGCCCUGGAUCUGCAGUCGCGGAUGAUGAUGAUGACGCUAUCUUGGCGUAUAUCAAGGCGAACACUAUUCCCAAUUGGCAUGCCACGGGUACCAAUCGCAUGCUGCCCAAGGAUAAGGGCGGUGUCGUGGAUAACAAGUUGAAGGUGUACGAUGUUGAUGGGUUGAGGGUUGUUGAUUGCAGUAUCGUACCAGUGCUGCCUGAUGUGAAUAUUGUGGCGAGUAUCUACAUGGUUGCAGAGAAGGGGGCCGAGUUGAUUAGGCAGGAUUGGGGUGAUGAAUGA